UUCAAUUCCAUCGUAUUUCCUCGACACCCCUGGCACUCCCCCAAUCCUCCAAUCCCCCGAGCGGAAUAGUGCCCUCCGUAAGAAACAGCUGAUUGGAGACACGCUGGCGAUUGCAACAAACCACAAGAAGAAAAGAACAGAGACCCUUUGAAUUUUUUAAGGGCGUACUGAUGACGCGCCCCGUUGCCAUUGUCCGCCAGUCGUAAAAAUCUUAUUCGUUUGUCAUUUAUUUACUUCUGAUUUUUUCUAUAAAAACACAAGCACUUGCACGACAGAUAAACGAAAAGAAAUCAUAUCAUCGAAAAGAGAGAGAAAUGGCAACAGUGGGUGGAGUUACGGAGGUUGAAGGAAACGCCAAUAGUCUGGAGAUCGAAACCCUCGCUCGUUUUGCAGUCGACGAACACAACAAGAAGGAGAAUGCGAUGCUGGAGUAUAAGAAAGUGGUGAACGUAAAGCAGCAAGUGGUUGCUGGAACUAUCUAUUACAUAACAAUGGAGGUAAUGGAUGGUGACAAGAAGAAAAUUUAUGAAGCCAAGGUGUGGGAGAAGCCUUGGAUGAAUUUCAAGGAGUUGCAAGAUUUCAAGCUUAUUGGUGAUGCCCCUGCCGACUGCGCCAGCGCUUAGGGUGACCGAAGAUCGGAUGUGGAAGGAUAUCAAGUAUAUCCAGGGCGUGUUCCGCCUUUAAAUAAAUGUAACUAUGUCUUAUGUGGUUUUCGAUUUAACAAGUAUUAAAUUCAGUGGUGUUAAAACUUAUAUAGAACAAUAUAGACUAAUGUAAAGUUUAGUACAUAAUUAUUUAUGUUAUCUCU